GGCGCAGUUCUCGCGAGAUCCGGCGGAGCGCCGUGUAUGGAAGAUAACAAAAGUAAAGCGGAGCGGUGAGGAGCUCGGAGGAGUCAUCAUGGCGGCUGAGUCUCCGCCGCCUCUCUGCCGGGAUAGGGAGGUCACGGCGGCCCGACUGAAGGGAGAACUGAGCCGGGGGGAGCGGAGCCGGGAUCAGCUGAACGAGUUGCUGGAUUGGGUGCUGAGCGCGGAGCGGCCGGCCGGGGAGGCCCUGGAAUGGUGCCGCUCGCUGCUGGCCGGAGGUGACAAGUUCGAGGACUUCUGUCAGGCCGUCCGUUCCUAUGACAACGCCACCCUGUGCGGCCUGGUGUGGACCGCCAACUUCGUGGCCUACCGCUGCCGGACGUGCGGCAUCUCCCCGUGUAUGUCCCUGUGUGCCGAGUGCUUCAACCAGGGCGAGCAUGCCGGACACGACUUCAACAUGUUCCGGAGCCAGGCCGGGGGGGCGUGUGACUGCGGGGACAGCAACGUCAUGAGGGAGAGCGGAUUUUGCAAGCGUCACAGUGUGAAAUCUAGCUCAUGUGUUCCUGCCGUGCCACAAGAUUUACUGGUGAUGACUGAGCUAGUGAUCCCUCGCUUCAUCUUCUAUCUAAUUCAGUACUUGAGAGAUGGCUACAGUGAGCCAGAGUCCUCAUCUGAUAAGGACCUCCAGAAGAUCCUUCAGGCUUUGGAACCUCAGAUCUCCUUCCUGGAGGAUUUAACCAAAAUGGGUGGUGCGAUGAGAUCGGUUCUUACGCAGGUUCUCACCAACCAACAAAAUUACAAAGAUCUUUGCUCUGGUUCUGCAGAGAAUGCAUGCGCAAAGAGUAAUGAAAAGUACCUUCUUGCCCUAAAGGGCUCAGGCCUGGCUUUUCCUGAAGAAAAACACUCCAGUGGGGCUGCAGACCAGUCACAGAAUACAAGUGCUUUAUCAGAGACUGCAGGUGCAGAAGGGGCAACAGCUGCAUCCGAUUCUUCAGACGAGGAGGACCCAGAUGAUAGGCCAUCUGUAGGCAAACGAAAACGAGUAAAGUUGAGCAGUAGCACCAAAGAUCAGUCUAUUAUGGAUAUAUUGAAACAUAAAUGUUUUCUAGAAGAAUUGUUAUUUUGGACAGUGAAGUAUGAAUUUCCCCAAAAGAUGGUUACAUUUUUACUUAAUAUGCUGCCUGAUCAAGAGUAUAAGAUGGCAUUUACAAAAACAUUUGUACAGCACUAUGCGUUCAUCAUGAAAACACUGAAGAAAAGCCAUGAAUCGGACACCAUGUCUAAUAGAAUUGUGCACAUCAGUGUCCAGCUAUUCAGCAAUGAGGAGCUGGCUCGCCAAGUCACUGAAGAAUGCCAGCUGUUGGACAUUAUGGUCACUGUGCUGCUCUAUAUGAUGGAAAGUUGCCUUAUCAAAAGUGAAUUACAAGAUGAAGAAAACAGUUUACACGUAGUAGUAAAUUGUGGGGAAGCAUUACUGAAGAAUAAUACCUACUGGCCACUCGUCAGUGACUUCAUAAAUAUUUUGUCUCACCAAAGUGUAGCCAAAAAGUUCUUAGAGGAUCAUGGAUUGUUAGUCACUUGGAUGAAUUUUGUAUCUUUCUUUCAAGGUAUGAAUUUAAAUAAGAGGGAAAUCAGUGAACAUGUAGAGUUCGAGUCCCAGACAUAUUAUGCUGCAUUUGCUGCUGAACUUGAAGCCUGUGCCCAGCCAAUGUGGGGUCUUCUGUCCCACUGCAAAGUCAGGGAAACCCAGGAGUACACAAGGAAUGUUGUCCGGUAUUGCCUUGAAGCACUUCAAGAUUGGUUUGAUGCCAUCAACUUUGUGGAUGAGCCUGCUCCAAAUCAAGUUACUUUUCAUUUGCCUCUACAUCGAUACUAUGCCAUGUUUCUGAGCAAGGCUGUGAAAUGUCAAGAGAUAGAUCUAGAUUCAAUUCUACCUGACCAGGAAAUGCUGAUGAAGCUGAUGGUUCACCCACUUCUCAUUCAGGCAAGUUUGUCUGAGAUUCAUAGCAACAUGUGGGUACGAAAUGGCUUGCAGAUUAAAGGACAAGCGAUGACUUAUGUGCAGUCGCAUUUCUGUAAUUCUAUGAUCGACCCUGACAUCUAUUUAUUACAGGUCUGUGCAUCCAGACUGGACCCAGACUACUUUAUUUCAUCUGUUUUUGAAAGGUUUAAAGUUGUGGAUCUUUUGACAAUGGCUUCUCAGCACCAGAACACUGUCCUUGAUGCUGAUCAUGAAAGAUCGAUGCUUGAAGGGGCACUCACUUUUUUAGUUAUUCUGUUAAGUCUUCGUUUACAUUUAGGGAUGACUGAUGAUGAAAUCUUAAGAGCCGAGAUGAUUGCUCAGCUGUGUAUGAAUGACCGUACUCACAGCUCCCUGCUUGACCUUAUUCCAGAAAGCCCUAAUCCAAAGAGUGGUAUAAUGCCAGGCAAUUGCAGCUUUGAAUCUGUUUUAUCAGCAGUUGCUGAUUUUAAAGCUCCUGUUUUUGAGCCUGGAGGUUCCAUGCAACAAGGAAUGUAUACACCAAAGGGUGAGGUCUGGGACCAAGAAUUUGACCCAGUUAUGGUGAUUCUGCGCACAGUGUACCGCAGAGAUGUCCAGUCUGCCAUGGACCGAUACACAGCUUUUUUGAAACAGAUAGGAAGAUGCCCAGGAAACCCGUGGCCACCUUACAAGAAGAGAACCCCACUGCAUCCUAGUUACAAAGGUCUUAUGAGGCUCCUGCACUGCAAAACUUUACACAUUGUGCUCUUCACUCUGUUGUACAAGAUUUUGAUGGAUCAUCAGAAUAUGUCAGAACAUGUUCUCUGCAUGGUUCUCUAUUUGAUAGAGCUGGGGCUAGAGAACUCUCAGGAAGAGCCUGCUGACCAGGAUACUGCCGGGCCGGAUCAGUGCCAUGACAGCUGGUUUCCAGGCAGCAAUUUACUGUGCAAUAUGCGCCAUGUUAUAAAUUAUGUACGGGUGAGAGUACCAGACACUGCUCCGGAGGUGCGGAGAGACCCUCCAGCAAGUACUAGCUCAGAUGGACCCUCCUCCUCCUCUCAGAACGCCAGAAGACCAUCCUCAGUCCAGAGAGAGAAUUCAGGAACGGCUCAAGUUUUCAGCUUGGUUGCUGAACGUCGGAAAAAGUUUCAGGAAAUAAUAAAUCGCAGCAACAGUGAGGCCAAUCAAGUUGUGCGGCCAAAGUCAUCAGCACUAAAAUGGACUGCGCCUGGUUCCACGCCUCAGUUAACUACCGUGAUUUUAGAGGUGAAAGAAAGUGUGUUGUCUCUGCUUAUUAAACUUCACCAGAAACUGUCCGGUAAGACAGACUCUUACUGCCCUCCCUGGGUUACGGAUUCGGACUGUCUUGCUCAGGAAGAUCUUUCCAAGUAUCUACACGGAGAUGGGGUGACUGCUGUAGAAAGAAUUUUAUUGAAAGCAGCAAUUCAGAGCCAUUUAAACAAACUCAGCAUUGAUGAGAUUUGCAGAAAAACUGCGCCCCCUGUUCCACCAAAGAAGACUAGCCCUACGGAGAAAAAAACCUUGGACAAAGAAGAAAGGCGCCAGAAGGCCAGAGAAAGACAACAGAAGCUAUUGGCUGAAUUUGCUUCAAGGCAGAAAAGCUUCAUGGAGACAGCAAUGGAUGUAGAAUCGCCUGAAGGUGAUGUUGCCAUGGAAAUAGCUGCAUCAGAACAGCAGGUUUCUGAGCCAUCAUAUGAUUGUGUAAUAUGUGGGCAGAGUGGCCCAUCUACAGAGGACCGUCCUAUUGGCCUAGUGGUGUUGUUGCAAGCAACAUCUGUUUUGGGACAUCGUCGUAAAGUGUCUGAGCCGAAGAAGCUUCCAACAAGUGAAGAAGAGGAGCAGAUAUUUCAGGAGGGAACAUGCUCUGCAGUACAUGAUGUCCGUCUUACUGUGUUACAGCGGCAUUUUAAAGAUAGUUCUUGUCUUCAAUCGGUGUCUAUAGGCUGGGAAGGAGGUGUUUAUGUACAGACCUGUGGCCACACACUCCAUAUAGAUUGCCAUAAGUCCUACAUGGAGUCAUUACGUAAUGACCAGGUCCUGCCCGGAUUCUCGGUUGAGAAAGGAGAGUUCACAUGUCCUCUCUGCAGGCAGUUUGCAAACAGCGUCCUUCCUUGUUUUCCUGGUAACAGUAUAGAGAGAAGCCACUGGCACUUUCAUGCGAACAAGAGUAUGCGAGAACUCAUCAAAGAGGUGGAGGAGCUUCAAGAACAGCUGGGAACUUUCCCAGUAAGCAUCAGUUCAGAAACAAAUUUAAGCAAAGAAAUGGAAGCCGUGAUGAAAGAUAUCAAGAGCACCACUCAAAAGAAGUACACAGACUACAGCAAGACGUUGGGUUCCCCUGAUAAUGACUUUCUGUUCAUGUACUCUGUCGCUCGAACAAAUCUAGAACUGGAACUUGUCCACCGUGGAGAAAAUCUGUGCUCUGGAGGAGCUAGUGCUGGGGGGAAAAGAUCUUGCCUGAGUCAGCUCAUCCAUGUUUUAGCAAUGCACAUGAGGCUGUACAGCAUUGACUCUGAAUACAAUCCCUGGAGAAAGUUAACUCAGCUGGUGCAUAAAAAAGAUUCACAGACAAGUGAAGAUGAGAGGACGGAAGUUCCAUUGCUUUUUCGAGAUGUGACCUCAAUGCUGCUUAUUCAGGUUUUAACAAUGCCCCAACCACUGCGCAAAGAACAUUUUAGCUGCAUCGUGAAGGUGUUCUAUUCAUUACUGUACACUCAAGCACUGAUGGCGUUCACCAUUAGGCUUCGUCCUGAGGAACGUGCAACAUGGAAGGACUGCGGAGCAAACAAAAAAAGUUCCUAUACUUCAGGGAAGUCAUGGGAUGCUUUGCUUACUUUUGUGAUUAAUGAAUUAUCUGGAGGAAAGAUAUUCCACGAUGAAGAGCCAGAGGACAUUGCCACGACCAACCAGAAUGUCUGGUCUUCGCAGUCCAUUGAGCAUUACUUGCAGCAGUUCUGCCUGCCCUUCCUCAGGAUCACCUGCCUCCUCCAGCAACAUUUAUUUGGAACAGAUAUUCCAAGCUGUCAGGAAGAAGAGGAAUUUGUUGGGCUUUGCAGCUGCUUAGGAAUCCUGCGGUCAGGCCCUCAGACAUCACCUGAAUAUGCUAGUGCCUGUUGUCUGGACUGGUCAGCCCCAGCAUUUGACCUCAUGUCUCAAUGGUGCUCCGAAGUUAUUUUGUUUGCGGAAGACCACUCAGACCAAGGAAAUGCUUUGCUCAUUCAAGAAACAAAUUGGGACUUGCCACGACUCCUCCAGCUGCCAGAAAUCUACAACUCGAUUUUUCAAUAUUACCAUAGGAAGGCCUGUAGUGUUUGUACUAAAGUUCCCAAGGAUCCAGCACUGUGUCUAGUCUGUGGCACAUUUGUCUGCUUGAAGGGUCUUUGCUGCAAGCAACAGAAUAACUGUGAAUGUGUUCUGCAUUCUCAGAACUGUGGUGCCGGCACAGGAAUAUUCCUGCUGAUCAAUGCCUCUGUGAUUAUUAUCAUUCGGGGACAUCGCUUUUGCCUCUGGGGUUCUGUAUAUCUGGAUGUACAUGGGGAGGAAGACAGAGAACUCAGGCGCGGAAAACCUCUGUACAUUUGCAAGGAGCGGUACAGCAUGUUGGAGCAACAGUGGGUGACACACACAUUUGAUCACAUCAAUAAGAGGUGGGGCCCCCAUUAUAAUGGAUUGUGAACAUCGGUGCAACUACAGAUGAAAUCUCAAGAAGGGCUUUCCGAGGAGUAGAAGACGAGCUCAAACCUCGCCUCUACAGCUAGUUCAUUAGGUGCUGUUGUGCUAAUGCAAAUGCAUCCCCAACUCUGGAGGAAUAAGGUACAAUAAAAAAACAGGAAAAAAAAGUACUUUUCUACAACCCUUCAAAAGAACACCAUGACCUGCAUUGUCCAGAAAGCACAACGAUUAAUGAAUGUUCAACUCGCUUUACUGCUUCUUUUGUGUAAAAUUUCUUUGUAGUUUUUGUACAUUUUUUUUUUCUUUUCCUUUCUUGCUUACAUCCUAUAUUUGUGGAGCUUUGCAGUGAGUGGAGGCUUACUGACACAAAAACUGCACAGGUCAGUAAAAUAGGCCUACAUCAUUCUUCAAGACAAGCCAGCAGAGGAUAGCGAAUAUUGUGGACAUUAUGUGCUGUGACUUGUUAGCAUUUUAAGUUUGGCUCUUAAGCCUUCCCUUUUAUUCUAAUCAUCCUUACAUAAGCGAUCGCUUAACUGGACUAAGUUAGUGUGGCAGAUUGUGUUCUUUAGAAUUGCUAAGUGGGACUGCACUUUUAAAUGUUACGUAAGCUCACUUUAGGCCAAGCUUGGGUGUCUGCAGCCUACCAGUAGCUAAAGAGAGAAGAAAACAAGAACCCAUCUAGCUGCAGCUAAGCAUACUGGGUUUCGAAGUCCCUGAGUAACUGGAGGCCGUGAUUAUCCAGCUGUGCUUUAGAAUAUUCUAUUAUGGUGUGUUAUCAGUCUUUCCAUGUAUAUGUUUGUGUGCGCGUGUUAAUAUGUAAUGAGAAGUUCAUUGUAAAGAAUUUUUUUUGUUUCCUGUGAAAUAUUGUAUAGUUUCAGAUGGUAUAACAGAAACAUUUUAAAUUGAAAUGUAAUCAUAUAUAAAUACAUCUGUAUGUGUGUAUAGAACACAAAAAUACAUACAUUCAGGGACAUUUAAAAAAAGUGCGUUAUUUUGCUCAGAGUCUGUUUCUAAAGCUUUUAAGGCUUGGAUAAAACUGAAUUCUUUCUCAGGAACUGAAGAAUCUCUCGAUAUUUAAGAGCUGUCGGAUACGAUAUCACUAGACUGCUGUUCUCUUCUUUUUGUUUCCUUUUUUAUGAAUCCCAUCUUGUUUUAUUUCCUGUGCUUUUCUGGAUCUCAUUACACACCAAUGUAUCAUACUAAGUUUAUAUGACAACACGGACAUGCAUUUUAUUUAAAAAAAAAAA